AUCCAUCUUCGUGCUAUGAGAAUUUCAUCUACCAUAGAGCCCUGAAGGCUGCUGAUAAUAUUAGACAAUAGCUGGUGUGCAUCAUGGCCAGGUUUAACCUCAAACUGUGCAGCACUGAUUUCAAGAGCCGUGACUACUAUGUCAACAUUAGAAAGGCCAUGGCACAUCUGCAGCGUACUGGGCAGUACUUGACAGUAAAAAACAACCAGGAGGUGCACUUGCAUCCAUCAAGUUGCUUGGAGCACAAGCCAGAGUGGGUUAUCUACAAUGAGUACGUCACUGGAAGCCGGAAUUUUGUUCGUACUGUGACAGAUAUUAGUGGUGAAUGAUUAGUCUCUCCUUUCUUAUAUAGUUAACGCACUUGUAGUUGUGUUUCUUGGUUCAUGAUACAUGGAGUUUAUGGAAUUCAAACUUUUUUAUUCAAUAGCCCUUCAAUUCACAUAUACACCCC